UGUUGGAAAGUCUCCCAUUGUUUCUCGAAGUCUUCAAGCCAGACGCGCUUCUUGUUCUCUCUCUUUCGUAACUGUUCAUCUUGUUUUUGCAGUAGAAACCCUACUAAGGAAGAAAUCUCUGAAGAUGUCUGGAGCCCAGGAAGAAGAGAAGAAGCCUAUGGAUCAAGGGGCUCACAUUAAUCUCAAGGUUAAGGGUCAGGAUGGAAAUGAGGUAUUCUUCAGGAUUAAACGCAGCACUCAAUUAAGGAAGCUCAUGACUGCUUACUGUGACCGUCAGUCUGUAGACCAAAAUUCUAUUGCCUUCUUGUUUGAUGGUCGGCGACUCCGUGGCGAACAAACCCCUGAUGAGCUUGAGAUGGAGGAUGGCGACGAAAUAGAUGCCAUGCUGCACCAGACAGGUGGUAGUUUUGGAGGUCUCUGAGACCGUCUGAAGUAAGAAAUUAGAUACUGGGUAGGUUACUCCUUAGUUAAAUAUUUGGUGGUGUGCUAAUACUCUUUUACCUUUAUGUAAAGAAAAGAUCCAAACUGGACUGAGGAAUCCAGAACUUGAUUUCAGAUUUUGGUGCAAGGACAUUAGCAGUCCUUUCUGCAUUUUGUCAGAUAUCAAAAUAGAAUGCUAGAAAUUGUUACCAUGCAUGUUCAUUUGAU